CUGUAAUUAAGAUCACCCGCAUCAAAAAGCUACAGAUCUACUUCCGGGUAGGAUAACUUCCUAACUGUGAUAGCCAGAGUUCUCAAUGAAACAUGAGGUCUAGAUAAGAACGUACAAUCUUAGCAGGGAACACUAGAUAACAAACCAUCAUUUGGCAGUGGAUCUCUAUAGCAGGUGUUAUCAUGGCCAUGACAAAGGUGAAGAAACUUCAACAGUGGUGUAAACAAAUGGUGGAGGGUUAUCCUGAAGUCACAGUCACAGACAUGACGUCAUCAUGGAAAAAUGGACUGGCAUUCUGUGCUAUCAUCCAUCGGUUCAGGCCAGACCUCAUAGAUUUCGAUUCACUAUCCAAGGAAAAUGUUUUUGAGAACAAUCAGUUGGCAUUUGAGGUGGCUGACAACGAGUUGGGGAUCUCAGCAUUGCUGGAGGCAGAGGACAUGGUGGCAAUUCGUGUUCCAGACAGACUCAGCGUG